AGGUAACAGGUCUGCUAUCUGCAUACAGUUGGGUUAUACAGAUUUUUCUAUCUGAAUUCAUCGUGAAUCGGACUCCAGUCCUGUUUUUCAGGAAUAUAUCAUGUCUGUGUCCAUGACUGUUUCAGUUUUAACCUUCUUAUAAUCAGUUGAUGGACUUCACCAUUCUUAUUAUACCAAACAAACAACAAGAUGGCGGCGAUACCAAGACGAGUGCAAAGUGAAGAUUCAGAUAGGCGUCCACUCGUUAAUCACGAGCAUGACACACCACAGUAUGGCACAAUCACUGGAUCCACUGGCUCCGCUACAGAGCUUAGAUUUAUUAUGCUUGGCGGCGAUGAAGCUCUUAUGGCUGAUGCGUGUGACAUAAUUCUUAGGGAAAGAGCAGGAAGAACUGAAAUACAGCACAGAAAAGGUCAUGUAUUUGGCAAAAAGGUCAUUAUGGUGAAAACACCUUCUACCUGGAUGAGUCAGGUGGCAUCAUGCCUUUGCUUCUCCUCAGGAGUCAAAUCUAUCAAAGAUGAGAUGGUAGAUUGUGCAUCUCUGGUCUUUCCUGGACCUCAUGCAUUUCUAUUAGUUACUGACAACAGGAAAGUGACUGAGAAGGAAAAAUACCUUUUAAAAGCAAUAGCUGAAGUAUUUGGCAAAGAAGCCUUAGACUAUGUUAUGUUAUUGAUCAUUGGAAGAACUGAACCGAAAGGGAUCGACAGUGUCAGGAACUACGUGAGAAAGUUUUACACAUUAGAGGACACUGAGCAAAGCGUUCAAUGUCUGUUCAGAGAAACUGAAAUAAUGAUACAAAACAAUGAGUCCACAUUCUUUAUUCAGCCAUCAUAUGAAAACCUCAUGAAAAAGGCAUUUUUAUCAUGGGAAAAAGAAAGAGAUGCUGAAAUACAAAAACAUUAUGCACAAGAGAUGACUGCUUUAAAAGAAAGAUUUAGAACUACUGAAAGUAAUUUAAAGAAAGAAACGGACACUUUGAGACAGUUGAUGCUGGCCACUAUGAUACGGUUAAAUAAAUACAAAGACAGUGAGGAGCAGAAACAGCAAGGGGCUUCAGGAGCUCAAGAAGAUCUGCUGUUCAAAGAAUGUAGCGACACCACCUUGAAAAAUAUGUUUCCUUCCAUCAUUGAUGAUUUUACUGAACGUGAGAAUGCACUGAAAGAACAGCUUGCGGCUUAUAAAGAGACUGUGAGCACCUUGAAGGACAUGUAUUCAUCCUUGACUGAUGAUUAUGUUCAUCAUGACAGUCAGAUGAAGAGUGAAAAUGAGAAGCUCCAAAGAGAACUGGAGCAACACAAACUCAAAGAAAGAGAGUUGGAGCAAAAACUUAAGGAAGUGGAGGACAGAUUAAGGCAGGAGGAAGAUCUGAGUAGAAGAGAGAAGGAACUGGAGUCCAAAGAGGGAGGAACGACAAAGAAAGAGCAAGAAAUCCAAACUACUGGAGAAGAGCAUAAUCUACACAGCAACGUAGAGCUAACUUCUCCUGGGUUAUCUCAAGGACAACGCAGACCUCUAGAUGAAGGAGAAGGAGAGUUCGAAUCACUUGAGUUUGGAAAACCUGUGAGACGCAACAGCAACCAAUUCGCACCACCUGAUAUGGCUGGAAGUGAACAUGGACCUCUAGACACACUCUGAAUGGACAGACUGCAAUUGGAGGGCUUUCAGUUUCCAUUGAUAUCUCACUUAAUUUCAAAAAUAUCCAACAGAUGGCUCAAAAUGUGCCAGAGGUCAAAUAUCAAAAUUACAUGCAUGUGUGAAACACAACACAGACCACAAGCUGGAGGAAACAACAACUGUGCUUCUAUGCAGCUGAUCUUAUUUAAGUGAUGUUAUCAGAGGCAAACAUGCUUAAUCAGGGAAUGAUGAAGAUGUCAUGCUGAGAUACUCAUCUAAAUCAUCCACAGCAUGUUUCUGUAUAUAUGUACAUUUUGAAACUUUUCAUCAUCUUUUUACAUUGUUGUAUAUGUGCAAACAUUUAAGAGUAUUUAAAUCUGCUUUUUAUGUUUCCAUAGUGUUGAAGAGUCAAGGAGAAGAGAAACUACAUAAGUAUUAUAAAUGCAUCUGCUUUAUGAGGAAAUGUAAGAGGAAAAGAUGUGUGUUCCUUAGACGAUUAAACAGCCUUCCUCAAAAGAGUAGUUGAGUUGGCAACUAGAAAACGUAUGAUUCCCAACUGCAUUGAUAAACAUCUGCUGUGAUUUGUUGAGUGCUGUCUUUUUACAGUAACUAUACCCAAACAUAUCAAUGCUCAUAUUUAGCCUUUAUGUUGUACAAGUGCUACUAAAAUCAUUAAAAUGGCAGGUAAGCCUAGAUUCUGAUAUAAUACGUAAAUAUAGUUCUGUUUAGUGAUUGCUUAAUUGCUUGUUAAGUUCAACACCCUAGUUUCAGUAUAUGACACAGUCUUAGAAUACUGCAUAAUAAAGAAUAAGUAUUUCAUUCAAAAUACUCUCAUGAAUGCUGGUCCUGGAAGGUUAAAAACUAUGUAAUGUAGUGUUGCCACCUACUGGAAAAUAUGCCAUGUUGGUCUAAUGGUCUAAUAGCUUCAUCUAGUGAAAGAGAAUAGUAUUACACGCUGCAUAUUUAAAGGGA